ACGGGACAUCAAAAACACCGUAACCAAACGCCCCCAAAGGGUUCACCGAGCAUUGAGUAAAACUGGAAGAACACACCAUUUUGAGAGACAAUCGGCGGACAAAAUGAGCGGCGAUGCCAAGAGCGGCGGUUCGAUCGGCGGAGGAGGUGGUUUCAGAUCGCGAAUGGAGCACUAUUUAUACAGCGGUGAGAAGAAGCACGUCGCCGCUGGCAUUGUCGUCAUUGGCAUCAUCUUCGGCAUCCCUUGGGCCCUUAUGAAUCGAGGGUCAAAGCAUCAGUCUCAUCAAGAUUACAUGGAAAGAGCUGAUAAAGCAAGAAGUCAGAGACUCUCUUCAGGUUCAUCAUCAGCUAAAUGAUUUUUUUUGUUUUUUUUUUGGGUUUCUUCUGAUAGAGAGGAUGUUCUUUGGGGCACUUGGUUGGCUUAAAGUUUUUGUAGUAUCUCCUAUAUCUUGCAUUUUUAACUCCAUCUGCUGACACUAAAUGAAGAUAAGUUAAAACUCAACAAGGAACACUUGUGGUUUUGAAAUAAAGAACGAACUUUUGUUCUCUUUA